AUGAUUGGAAGCGUUGCGAUCAACGGACUCAUCGGUCUGGUAUACACCAUCGUCCUACUUUUCGCUUUGGGAGAUCUCAACGGUCUUCUGCAAUCAAAGAUCGGCUUCCCAUUCAUGCAGCUCUUCCUCAACGUCACCGGAUCUCCGGCCGGGGCAUCGAUCCUUGCUCUGUGUAUUAGCUUGAUCGCGCUCGCCGCAAACGCAGCCGGCGUGACCUCAACAAGCCGCACGGCGUGGGCCUUCGCUCGGGACAACGGUUUGCCAGCAUCGGGAUUCCUGUCAGUUGUCAAUCCAAAAUUGAAGGUUCCGGUUCGCAUGGUGCUACUCGUGUCUUUUCUGCAGAUGCUGCUAGGACUGAUCUACCUCGGUAGUUCCACUGCAUUCAAUGCCGUUCUGUCCAUGGCCAUCCUGGGAAUGUAUGCAUCUUACUUUUCGCCAAUUCUCUUUAUGCUGCUCUAUGGCCGCCGCUCCUCCAGUCCCAUAAUCCGAGGACUUGGAUCGGGUCCGUUUAAUCUUGGGAACCGGUGGGGGCCCGUCGUGAACAUCGCAGCCAUGUUGUGGCUGGUCCUUGCGAUGGUCUUUAGCACGUUCCCCACAGUUGAACCAGUCACGCCAGUCAACAUGAACUACUGUGUGGUCGUCACAAUGGGAUGGAUGGUAAUUGGAGCGGUGUACUACUAUCUACUGGGCGGCAAGAGGCACUUCACCGGGCCUAUAGUGGAAAUAGUCGAGGGAAUGUAA